CGAAGAAAGAAAGAAUGAGUGGAAAGCAAAGUGAAAAUGAAAAGAAACAUUGGAGAGUUGAGAAUGAGAGUUGUGAGAAGAAAAGUGAUGGAGGAAAAGGUAAUGAAAUUGGAAAGCAAAGUGAAACUGAAAAGAAGCAUUGGAGAAUUGAGAAUGAGAGUGGUCAGAAGAAAAGUGAUGAAGGAAAAGAAAAUGAAAUUGGAAUAAUGAAAAGCAUGAAAGCAAAGUGUUUUGAAGGAGUUAAAAGAGUUGAAGCAAAAGGCAGAGAUAUCAUAGAUAAAAGAUACCUAAGAAAAGACGAACUAAAGGAAUGGAAAAAGAAAGAUUUGUCGGAGGAACAGGGCAAGGAAACAGGAUUAAACGGUGAGGGGCAGCAAGAGGAAAAUAAGAUAGAGAAAUGGGAGGAGGAGGAAUGGAUGAAGGAGGAGCCUGAAGAGGAAGAUUGGUACAAAGACCAGGAAGAGGAGAGUGUGAUAGGAAUUGAAAGAUUGUAUAGAGUCUGCUAUGGGAAGGCAAGAGCAAGAUAUGUCAGAGUAGGGAAAGAAACAGGAGUAUUGGAAGGAGCAUGGAGGGGGAAAUGGAACAGAAAACAAGAGAACCCUUCUCCUGCUUUGGAUUGGAUAGAGUGGGAUCAGGAAGAGAAACAUUGGAUUGAGGAAAUGGUGGGACGGGACGAGGAAUAUUGGAUUAAGGAAGUAGAGGAAGAGAAAGAGGAAGUUUGGAUAGGGGAGAAAGAGGAACAAGAAACAGGAGGAGAAAGCUUAGCUACAGAAAGCAAAGAAACAGAAAGAUUAAAAAUGUAUGCUGUGGAUGGAUGCACAGGGAAAGGAAUUACUAGAUGUAAAGUAAGUGACAAAGCUCACAGUAGAAUUAGAAAUACUGAUGAACCUGUGUGGAGAGUAAAUGAAUUACUGAGUAGUUUAGUGAUCAAUGAAAGAAAAUACAUAAACAGAUCUUUUACACAAUCCAUGAAUCAAGGUCUCCAGGUCAUCAAGACUAUUCAGGAGCCAUAUUAUAAAAGGGCCAGAGUUCUUAAGAGUCUACCACUGCAGAUAACAUUACCAAUUGACAUGAUGACACAGAAGAAGAUGUCAGUGGAGAAAGGACAACGCUGCCGAAGGUUCCAAGUUCAAGCUUUAGAAUCACAAAGGCGAAAUAUGGAAACUUACAGAACUGAAGUGAAGGUGCAGAGUUACUGGAGAACUGAUAUUGAUGUUACCAAGUGGAAGUUUCAAUCUAAACCUAAACAGGUGUCACAAAUUAGCUAGUUUUUCAAAUUAAAGAAAAUUUGAUUUUUUGCUCAAUUGGAU